AUGCGCCGCCCACCCCAGCCCGAGUCAACAGAUGCUUUGGAAUGCCUUCGAGCCAAAGCAAAAGAAGUUUGGAGUGAAGAGAAUGUGCCCCCUUGGGUUGCUCGAGCAUUUGGCAAGGAGAGCGUGAAGAAGGGUGAUGCGGAAGGUGGAGUAGAGCUUGCUUUUUCCGAGUUGCUGAAUGUGCCCAAGCCGCAAGAGUUUCUCUGGGCUUUCGUUGAAGCAGCAGUGGCAAUGGCCAAGAUCCCGACAAUGAUCAUCGACGAAGCCAACAUUGCUUUUCCAAAUCCGAAUGGCAACGGAGACAGCGAAUCCAAGAGGGACGCAGCCUUGCGGGCCCUUGCCACCUUUGUGGCAAUGACAAAGGAAAGCUGCCAGGCUUCCAUCAUCUUGACUGCCUCGGAUUUCGCUUUCCCAUAUGGCCUGGAAACACUUGGUUUCAACAAGUACGAUGCGCUGAAGACAAUCGUGAUUCCAGAGGUUGAAAGGGAUCCAAUGUUGGAUUUGCUGACAGAGUGGGGUUUGCCUCGGGAUGUGGCGGAGGAGUUCUACAUGAUUUUCGGCGGCAACAUACUUCUCUGCCAGCAGGCCAUCGAUAAGCUUCUUGAACAGCUUCAGCUUGGUGCAAAAGACUCCUUCGACCCCUUCAGAGUACGAGGUACGGAGGGGCUGGCUGGUUUGGCCAAAGACCCGCUCACCCGUGAGCACUUGGAGAACCUUGCGCGACAGGGGUGGUCCCCCAUUGAGGAAGGCAGCGCGGACAGGGAGACGGAGAGCCAGAAGGGCGCCCGCAUCAUUGCUAAGAAGAACUUUGGCGGCGUCAUCAACAGCGAGACGACCACCUUUUUGGACCAAGGCUUGAAGGAUGACAUGUUCAGCAACAGAAGCACAACACAGGUGCUCAUCCCUGCCACAAGCUACCUGCGCAACUGUAUCAAGGUUUACGUUGACGCAUGUGAGCCCAGCAGCUUGGAAGCAAUGUGCUGA